AUGAGUGACUCAAGUAAUUUAUCAGGAUUAAUAUCUUCUUCAUCCACUUCUAAUGAUAUCACUCCUGUGGUUAAUGAAGAAUCAGAAUCAACAAUUAGUGGAUUACAACAACAACAAAAUUUCAAGAUAAAAUCACAUUCACGAUAUUUUUCUCCUCAACUGAAUAUAACUACAAAGAAAUUCAAUUAUUUAGAUAAUCCCUUUUAUUAUAUGGAUAAAGAUUUUGAUUCAAAUCAUCAUCAUCAUCACCAGCAAGAAAAUCGGGACCAUGAAGGUUUCAGAAAUGGUCAUAGUCAUACUAAUAGCACCAGUAGUGAUGGCAAUAAUAAUAUUAAUAAGAAACGGAAACGUAUUGGGAAAUGGAAUUGGAGAUUUAAACGUAUUGAUUUGAAAAAAAGUUUCCGAUUUAUUAUUGCUAUAGUAUCAAUAUUAGUAAUAUUUGUUUUAGCAAUAAUUUUUGCAAUUAUGAGUAGUUUUAUAAUUAAUAAUCCUAUUAGAAAUGGUCAUAAAAUUGAAAAAUUGACAAAUAUAAAUUAUGCACAAUUGAAAUCAAUUAGAACUAAUUUAAUUGAUCCCGAUACUCCUAUAGAAUUUUAUAAUCUAAACAAAACUAAUCACCAAGAAGGAGAUUGGACCUUGGUAUUUUCUGAUGAAUUUGAACUUGAUGGUAGAACAUUUCAUGAAGGUGAUGAUCAAUUUUUCACUGCUGUUGAACUUUAUUAUGCUGCUACUCAUGAUUUAGAAUAUUAUUUACCACAAAUGAUAACUACCAAUAAUAGUAAUUUAGAAAUUUUAUUUGAUAAAUUUAAUUAUUCAGGAUUAAAUUAUGUUUCAGGAAUGUUACAAACUUGGAAUAAAUUAUGUUUUAAUAAACAUGUUAAAAUUGAAAUUAAAGCUAAAUUACCUUAUGAAAUUAAAAAUGGAUUAUGGCCAGCAAUUUGGUCUUUAGGAAAUUUAGCUCGACCAGGUUUUUUAGCUACAACCGAUGGAAUUUGGCCUUAUACUUAUAAUGAAUGUGAUUUUGGAAUAUUACCUAAUCAAUCAACUUUAAAUGAAGAAAUGUCUUAUUUACCAGGUCAAAGAUUAAGUAAAUGUGUUUGUACAGGUGAAGAUCAUCCUAAUCAUGGAAUUGGUCGUGGAGCUCCAGAAAUUGAUAUAAUUGAAGGAUUAUUUCAAUAUGAUAAAUUUUGGGGGGUACAAACAUUACAAGUGGCCCCCUUUGAUGAAUGGUGGAGACCAGAUUAUGAUUAUGUCGAUAUUAUUAAUGAUAAUAUCACUAUAAUAAGAGAAGAUAUUGGUACUGUUUAUCAAGAAUCAAUUUCUUUAGGGACUCUUAUUGAUAAUGAAUUCCCAUUUCAAAAAUUCACCAUGGAAUAUAAAAGUGAUAGUCAAAAUAAUAUUAAUAGUUAUCUAAAGUUUUCUAUUGAUGAUAUUACAACAUCGGUUAUAAAUGGAUCAGCAUUACAUCCUAAUGAAUUUAUUGGAUGGAGAGAAAUCACUAAAGAACCAAUGUCAAUAAUUUUAAAUAUGGGGUUAUCUUAUAUGUGGAAUCCAAGAGUUAAUAUUGAUGAAUUGAAAUUACCAGCAAAAUUCUUAAUUGAUUAUAUAAGAAUUUAUCAACCAAAUAAUAUAAUUGAAAUGACUUGUGAUCCAAUAGAUUAUCCUACAGAUGAUUAUAUUCAAUCUCAUUCAAUUGCGUAUGAAAAUCCAAAUUUAACUUCAUGGUUUCAAGCUGGAUUUGAAUUCCCUAAAAAUUCUUUAUCUCAUCAAUGUAAAGUUCCUCCUCCCAUUGUUACCUAA